UAAAAUAAGUUGCGAUAUUUAUUUGGUAAUCAAAAUGUGCUGUUCACGUAAUACGAAUAUGCCUCUCAUUAUUAUUUAAAUGUCAUCCUCUAUUGACUAAAUUUGGAAAUUAAUAAUCGAAAGGGCAUCCCAAAAAAAUUGGUAUAUAAGGCGUGGAACAUCUUCAGCUAAUCAUCAGUUCUAGUUUCCUCAUAUCGUGGAAAGCAUCUUCUCUAUACAAUCACCAUGAAACAGUUCGUAGUUCUCGCCGCCCUCGUGGUCGUCGCUUGUGCAGGACGUCUUCCCCACAACAGCCGUCACCAUCGUGCUGCAGCCUCAAGACGUGUGGACAACUCCUACUUGGCGCCAGCUGCCGAAUCCCGAGUCGACAAUUCCUACUUGGCGCCAGCUGCUGAGAGCCGAGUUGACAACUCCUACUUGGCGCCAGUAGCAGAGUCCCGGGUUGAAAACGCCUACUUGGCACCUGUUGAAAGUCGCGUCCACCCAGCUACCGUCGAAGCCGUCCUCGUCAAGGAGAAAUUGCACGAGAACAACGGAUUGGAAGGAUACUCGUACAGCUACGAAAUUUCCGAUGGACAGAAGAAGGAGGAAACCGCUGAACUGAUCAACCAAGGAACUGAAGAGGAAGCCAUUGCCGUCCGCGGAAGCUUCGAAUGGGUUGACCCAGAAACCAACCAACAUUACAAAGUCAACUACGUCGCCGACGAAAAUGGUUUCCGCGCCGAGGGUGAUCACAUUCCCGUCGCUUAAUUUUGUAACGAAGGAUUAGAAAUAUUAUGAACCAAUAAAAAAUUCCAAAGCUUCAAUUUAAAGCUCUUCUAUUUAUUUUUGACUUCUUCUUGUAUUGACCUUUUCCCUAUAGAUUCUAAAAGUAAGUAGCAUUUGUCGUUAGGUCGAAAAUUGCUUAGUGUCCUAGCAAAUAUCAACUUUACGGAAAAUGCGGCUUUCUAUGCUAUUUGAACAAAAGAAAUUUUGAGUGACAAAAUUUAUUAUACUUGCACUAUGACAAAAGUAACCGAACUGUACAAAAAUAGCAAAAUCGUAAUUUAAUAACUAACGCGCUCCUAAAAAAAGUACCAAAGAAGCAAAAAAUGUUAGGUUAUAUUUGCAAUUUUUAUGAAAUUAAGGUAAAAACCAG